AUCAAACAUGUCCGCCUCUGCGCAACUUGAUGUGAGCGUGACAAACACGGAUGAAAAAGAGACCAACUCUGCGAUGGAAACAAACGAGUGCUCGGAAGCAGAAAAUGACACAGAGCCCCAAAAGAAAGAAUUGCCCGAAGCUGGCCAGAACACAAGUGACCCUUUCAAAAAACCGACUGCGUUCGCUGCGCCUUCUCUCGCGAGCAAACGCAGCCUGAACGCUGCUGCUCCAUCCAAACCUGGAGCCGAGACGAGAAACGAGAAAGACGACAACGAAGCACAAGUCGAGGACACCAAUUGUGAGCUAUCUGAUGUUCCAGCGAAGGAUAACGAAACCCCGGACACUGGGCCAGAAAAGAAUACAAAUGGCGACGAACAGAGAGACGUUGCUCGAGUAAACAUGAAAACAGAAUCUAAACACAGGGUGCUUCCGCCGGCUGGAGAGUUCCCUCCUCUGCCAUACAUAGAGCCACAGUGGGGUGGUCCUGCUCCAGAUGACGUCUAUGCUCUUGAAAUUCUAAAAAACGGCACCAUAGUGGACAAGGUGCCCCUUGCGCAUCGAGGUUACUUCGUGGUUGGACGUUUGCCGGUGUGUGACGUCACUCUGGAACACCCGUCCAUCUCCAGGUACCAUGCUGUCAUCCAGUACCGCCGGCAUCCCGGGGAGGGGGAGUCUGUCGGUGAGGAUCGAGGUUUCUACAUCCAGGACCUGGGCAGCACACACGGUACCGUCGUUAACAAGAACAAGAUUCCGCCCAAGACGUACAUCAGACUCCGUGUUGGACAUGUCCUUAAGUUCGGAGGCAGCACGAGGCUAUUCAUCCUACAGGGUCCAGAAUUUGAUGAGGAAGAGGAGUCUGAACUGACCGUCACAGAGUUGCGGGAGCAAGCCAGGAAACAGAUGGCGGAGCUAGAGAAGAGAAUGAUGGGAGGGCGUUCUGAUGAAGAGGAAGGAGAGGAGAAGGACGAAGGCAAAAGCGACAAGAGCCGAGAAUUGUCCAGUGAAGACUCGGGCUGCUCUUGGGGAAUGGCUGAGGAGCAGCUUCCAGAAGAAGACGAGAACGAGGAGAACCCUUUUUCAACGGAGUUCCAAGAAGACCAGGAAGCUGCCUACUUAAAGGACCCUAAGAAGGCUUUACAGGGCUUUUAUGACAGGGAAGGCGAGGAGCUGGAGUUUGAGUAUGAAGACAAAAGCCACGGCAGUUGGCUCUGUAGAAUCAAGCUGCCCGUGGACGAUGCCUUGGGCCGGCAGCUUGUUGCCGAGGUGACCCACACGGGGAAGAAGAAAGAAGCAGCCGUCCAGUGCUGCCUCGAGGCCUGCCGAAUGCUGGAAGCCAGAGGACUGCUACGCCAGGAAGCAGUGUCCCGCAAGCGCAAGAAAAAGAACUGGGAAGAUGAGGACUAUUAUGACAGCGAUGAUGACACCUUCCUGGAUCGGACAGGCACCGUUGAAAAGAAGAGGAAAGAGAGAAUGAAAAAAGCAGGAAAGAUUGAGGAGCGGCCCGAGACCCAUGAAUCACUGCUGGCCAAGCUAUCACAGGUGGAGAAGGAGGUGGCAGAAGCACAGAAAAAGCUCGGCACCGCUGGGAAAGACACUUCCGGCUCUUCGACCGACGACCCGCUGGACGCCUUCAUGACGGCCGUGCGCAGCGAUGCAACCAUGGAUGCCGUCGAGCGCAGGAAGCUUCAUGUGCACGUCGCCGACCUGCGAAAAGAUGCCCAGCGGCUCGGCAAAUUGGUGGAACUCACUCGCCCCUCUCAGCUGCCCUCGCUGCUCCCCAGUGGCAGCUCCAAGUCUGGGAAACCAAAGAAAGCUUUGCCGCUUUUUGGAGCCAUGAAGGGAGGAUGCAAGUUCAAGCUGAAGACUGGCACUAUCGGGAGAUUGCCUCCUAAGCAGCCUAGCUUGCCUCCCGAGCUCUUUAACAUGAAAGAACUUCCACCAGGAGGAGAAGAGGAGGAGGAAACAGAAGAAAAGGGGCAGGUAGAGCAGGAGACGGCUGAAAAAAAGAAGGAUCAUGAAGAUAAAGUGUGCAAGUUGAAUGUUGAACCUGAAGAGGCCAGCGAACUCAUAUCUCAAGAAACGUCAGGACAGAAAGGAGAAAAAUCAGUGCCGGAGCCAAAAGAAAAGAGGAAAAGCGAGGCAAGUACAGAGACGCAGAACCCAUUUCCUCAUCAGAACACCAAGCCCAACCUACCAACCUUUGAAUCAAGAGACCAGGGUGAUGAAUAUCUCAGUCUGAGGAAGAAAAAGAAAGUCAUGGGCCCCAGCAGGCCACCUGUGCAGCUCUCGAGUCAGUAUCCACAGGACGACCCCGAUUACUGUGUUUGGCUACCGCCGACAGGACAGACUGGAGAUGGCCGCACCCAUCUUAAUGACAAGUAUGGCUACUGAGUGGAAAAACUCACCCCAUGUCAUAAACUUGCAUUUGACGUAACACGACUACGGCUCCUGCACCAGCAUCAUCACUCGAGAUGACCAAGUUCAUGAGAGACCAGAAGGGAAUCAAAAGUCAAUACUGCCCUUCACGUAAAUAUAUUGUCUGAAGAUGAUAUAUAUUGGCUGGCGACCAGUUCAGUGUGUACCCCGCCUCUCGUUCAAAGAUAGCUGGCAUAGGCUCCAGCACGCCUGCGACCUUAGUGAGGAGAAGCGGUACAGAAAAUGGAUGGAUGGAAGAUGAUAUACAGCUGCCACGCGUUGCCAAUGCAGGCAUUUGACCCCGUGUCCUUUUCACCCUUCAAGCCGAAAAUAGAAAAUGGCAGCCCAAGAAGAGUUAGCUGAAUUCAGCUUUUUUCUCCCCUUGUCUCUGGCUUGCUCCUCUUUCACUUCAAACCACCUGACAUUCAAUCUGUAUCCCUCCCCUAUUUGGCUCCACUUGAUCACUGGCAUUACUUUUUUUUCCCCUGCGAAAGAGUGUGUGUAGCAGGGAGGGAGAGCAGUGAAGCAGCUUUUCUGACCAUCUGGACACUUGGAUGGCUUACUGGAUGAAACGCAAGCUGAUAAUGACUCAAGCUACAGUAAGCAGAGUUGUGUCAGCUGACGCACACACACUCGUGGUGCAACCUUCUCAAAGUUCUCUUUUUAACAGGAUUGUCUUUAUGCCACAGUCAGCCAUUGUUGUGCGUUUAUGUAGGAUUCGCACUCAGUGCUGCUCAUCUGGUUCACAGCCUUACUCUAUUUCUUUUUGGGUGACAAGGUAAAUAAAUACUUUUUCAUUGUAUUUUGUUUUUCAAAUAUGUAAUAAAAUGUCUGCACAACUAGCAAGUUCAUUUCAUGCACUUCACAUUUACCUUAUACGUGCAAAUUCUCGCACACACGUAUGAUAUGGCCCAAAAAGGUUUGUGGUCUUGUCUGUCAAGAUGUUGCUGUGAGUUGCAAAUCAUUGGUGGAAAACAUUUAUCCUGGCUUCAAACAUGCAGGACGAGUCUAGUUUGCCCCCAUCUUUUCAUACACACCACCAGUGACAAACCACCUAUUAAACUACAGCCUGACACACACAGUCACUCAGUGCAGUGGUCACAGGGCCACUUGGCGCGCUUAAGCAACCUCGUUAGCGGUUAUUAGGGGCACUUACAUAAGGUCAGUUGGGUCAAAGCAUAAUUCUCCUUAUUUAUAGAAUAUACAAAGCUGUCCUCAGACAGGGAUAUGGCAGUGGAGUCUUUUUUAUGUAGCGUAUAAAUAAGUGUAUGUGGAUUAAUGUUUACGUGUGCUAAAUGAUUUGACACCAGUGGUCCCUUGACAUUAGUAUUGGUUGAAAAGGGUAUAAUUUUAGUCCCUUCCCAACUCACUUGACCUAAAUUGCAAAUACUGAGAGCUGCGUACAAGUACUUAGUCACUGUACUUAAGUUAAUUUUUCAGUUCAUUGUUACAGUACUGACCAUUUUUUACUUUUACUCCCUACUUUUGAAAACAGUACAUCUUUCUUUGUCAAAAUAGGCUUGUUGCUUUAUUAAAAAAAUCUCCAUAGAUAAUGACACAAUAUAGAUAUUAAAAAAAAAAAAAAAAAAAGAUGUAAAUAGAAGUGAAGUCAACCGGGGUUGAGAUUUUGACUGAUAUGAUUGAGAAUCUUGGGACUUAUAGGGUGGGAGAAAAUGGACACCAGUGGCAUGGAAGAACGUAAACCAGGUAGCAUGAAAAAUGUUGACGCAACAGAUUCUGAGACACAAGCCUUAUUUAAGAGAAUUGUGUGAUGUUGUUAGCUCCAAUAAUGUUUAAUGGGAAAUACGUCGCUUUCUGCCAGCCUAAAACCAAGUAGAGUCUGGCGUUAUGAAUGUUUCUGUGUAAUCUGGGUGGGGAGGAAAAAAACGGGUAAGGUAUUUUUUGUUGGUCAGUUUGCAACAUAAGGUAUGGUAAACGCUAGCUUCACUCUUGGUUUAAAGAAACAACAAACAACAUGCUAGAUGUAAUGUUACUCUUCAGGGCUAUCAGAAUUUAGCUCUCAGUCCAAUCACUAUGCAAGUUUAUAAAAAAGGGAAACUUUUUGUGUGCCAAGAAAUGUUUUGCUGUUGUGCCUAACGGUUAUUGUAUAUAAUUGGCCAUUAAAAAAUAUCAUUUUUACUUUAAAGUACAUUUCAGUCUGUACUUGUUUACUUUGGUGUGUGUAGUUUUCAUGCUCCAUGGGACCUGUUUCCUCCCACAUUCCAAAAACAUGAUGGGUUCGUUCACUGAAGACAACUGUCCAUAGAUGUGAAUGGUUGGUUGUCUAUAUGU